UGCCUUAAAGCUACCAGAUAGAAGAACCUGGAUGGGAUGUACGACGUGCAACCAUGAAGAUGACAGGGGAAAACAGUGCUGGAAAUGUGGAAAUAACAAUGGAUGACGUUAAAAACCUGAUGAAAAAGAAAGAUGAAAUUGAAGAACAGAUAAAGGCUUAUUAUGAUGUUUUGGAAGACCAAGGUGUCGGAGUUGAAGGUUCCUUGGUCGACCCGGAGGGCUUCCCCCGAGGAGAUGUUAAUGUAUACCAGAUCAGGACAGCAAGGCACAGUAUUUCAUGCCUGCAGAAUGACCACAAGGAUGUGAUGAAGGAGAUAGAAGAAUCCCUUCACCAGCUGCAUGCUCGAGAGAAAGCCAAGCAGGGUGGGGACGCAUCAGGAGGCCAGGAGGAGCCCAUGGAGCAGCAGGUCACUCUUCAUGCUCCCUUUGCACGGGUGGACGCUGUCACACAGGGCUCUCCUGCCUGUAAAGCUGGGCUGAGAGUGGGUGAUGAAGUCACUGAGUUUGGUUCUGUGAACACGGGGAACUUUCAGAACCUGCAGAAUAUUGCUUCUGUGGUACAACACAGUGAAGGGAAACCAUUACGUGUCGCAGUCAUCCGGGAUGGCCAGAGAGCUCAGGUGAGCCUGACUCCACAACGAUGGACCGGCAGAGGUCUGCUGGGAUGCAACAUCGUCCCAAUUAUACAAUAGAAGUCUUCUGAAGGGGAUUUAUGAACAUUGAGUGUCACAGUACUUUUGUUAUGACGACAUGCUGAGUUUCCCAAAUAAACAUUGGUUGACCAACUUGUAAUUUU